CACUCGUUGCUUUCCUUAAAUCACAUUCGUAUAUAAAUAUACGAACGCAUAUAAAUGCCAAUGCAUUUUUAUGUGUAUUAUACAACACUAAGAACGCAUGGUAAACGCCGGUAGCGUAGAAAAUAGCAUAUUUUUUAUAAGCUAGCCAUUGUGUUGAGUACGCACACGUGUGCUGUUGAGUUCAUUUCGAGUGAAUGCUAAGCUGAAUAGUUAACACACAUUUAUGUACUGCGCCUUCAAAUAUGGCAACCGCUGAGGCCGAAGCGCAACAGUUGUACCCACAGUAUGGAAAGGUUGAGAUAACGAGAUCGGAACUUCAAACGGAAACUACUAAGAAGCCGGCAUGGGGCAAACUGUUGGCGCUUGUGGCCUUCGCCACAACAUUUGGUGCAGCCGUACCCACAGGUUAUUGCAUUGGUGUUAUUAAUGCUCCAGCUGUGCUAAUGAAGAGCUGGUGUAAUGAAACUUUGCAUCAAAAUUAUGGCAGUAAUUUGAGCGGAAGUGACCUGGAUCUGUUGUGGGCCUCCAUUGUGUCGAUUUUCCUUGUUGGAGGCGCUAUUGGAUCGCUUGGCGGUGCCGGGGCUGCAAAUAAAUUUGGCAGAAAAGCUUGUUUUCUGAUAUGUGGCGUUCUCUUCACUAUUGGUGCGUUGCUGUUCUUUUUCUGCCGGGCCGCCCACUCUGUGGAAAUGCUGCUUCUGGGUCGACUGGUUGUUGGCCUGGCGUCUGGUCUUACGACUGCCACACUCCCCAUGUAUCUGAGUGAGGUGGCGCCGCUCGCCUUGCGCGGAACUCUGGGCGUGUUCUGUGCCGUGGGUGUUACUGGUGGAGUAGUCGUUGGUCAGGUGUGCAGUCUAGGCGACGUUUUUGGCAAUGACGCGCGUUGGCACUAUGCCCUUACCGCCUACAUGGCGCUUGUCAUUAUCUGCUACUUGCCCUCCUAUACCUUCCCGGAGAGCCCCAAGUUUCUGUAUAUCUUUAAGGGGAAUCCUAUGGCAGCGCGUCGCGAGCUUUCCCGGCUUCGUGGGGCCGAUUCUGCAGAUUUGAUAGCACUCGAGAUUGCUGAAAUGGAGGUGGAGGCCAAUGCUAAGGUGCAAGCAAGCAAUUUUUGCAGUGUUCUGCGGGAUCCCAGUCUGUUGCUGCCAUUGAUCAUCGUUUGCAGUUUCCACGGAGGGCAGCAGUUGUCCGGUAUUAAUGCAAUCUUUUACUAUUCGGUGUCCAUAUUUAAGAUGGCUGGCCUCUCCACGGCCAAUGCGGAGUGGGCUAAUUUGGGCGCUGGCUGCCUGAACUUACUCAUCUCCCUGCUGGGUCCGGUGCUGAUGGCUUUCUGCAAUCGUCGCAUGCUCAUGAUGUUCUCAAGUUCAUUGUGCGCCGUUUUUCUGUUCAUAAUAGCCUUUGUUUUGCACUACAUUAAUUCUGUCAGUUGGUUUCCAUUUGCCUGCAUCUUCUGCAUCAUGGGCUACAUAUUCUUCUAUCAAUUCGGCUUGGGCCCAAUACCCUAUUUUAUUGGCUCUGAGCUGUUUGAGGUUGCGCCCCGUUCUGUUGCCAUGUCAAUGGGCAGCCUGGCAUCAUGGACGUGCAAUUUCAUAAUUGGCAUGGCUUUUCCAAGUCUGCAGAACGCCUGGGGUGCUUUUGUCUUCUUGCCCUUCUCCAUAACAUGUGUGCUCCUUUUCCUGCUAACGAAGUUUUAUCUGCCGGAAACGCGUGGACGGGAUCCGCCCGAAGUAGCCGCUCUCGUCUCAAAAGGCUUCCGCUCCAAGGUCACAUGAGCGCAAAUAGACACUUGGAUACUAUUGCAAUAAUUUUAUUGUAGUUUAUUGGUGUUAAGUUCUCAAUUCUAGAUAGUUACGCAAUUCAAAUUUACAAAGGCUUACACUUAUUGACAAUAAGGCUAGCGUCUAAGCUGCGCUUGGCGUGGUCUGCUAUAAUUAAUGCUCCAAUAAUUACUUUGUUAUACAUUUUUGUAAACUAUUUUUGUACGAGAAAUAAAGCGUUUCUAUGAAAAACUA